UUCAUUUAAAUAAUGCAAGAGUCAUGUGUAAAUCUUGCAGUCCCGCCUUAAGCAGGGAAAUGUGACCUUGAUUUGUGGGCAAGAAGUUUGGCUCUGUUAAUGAGCUGGAGAUGAAGAGCUCCACAGGACUCUCCUCGCACUCACUUCAGUGAUGCCGCCGCUGAGUCCAGCACAUCGCUUUAUGCUCACUUCAAGCAACGCAGAUCGUUCCCGCUCUCUUCAUUUGCGCUUGUAAUCAAAUUUAUCACCAGAAAGCCUUUUUGCGCCAUAUAUCUCCUUACUUCAGCGCAUUUGGAUUCAUAAUGCCUGGACUGAAGUUGCGCGGUGCACUGAUCCUGUGCGUCCUGAUGCUGCCGUUCUCUCGGCCGAACAGGCAGGUGCUGGACUGUCGCGAAGUGCGCUCGUCUUUUCAGUUUUUGUACCCGGGGAUGAAAUGGACCCCAGAAACGCCAGUCUCAGGCUCGGAUCUGCAGGUGUGCCAGCCGAAAGGCCUGACCUGCUGUUCUCGCAAAAUGGAGGAGCGCUACUUGCUCAUUGCCAAACAGAAUUUGGAGUCCAGUCUCCAGGCCACCAGCACCCAGCUCAAAGUUCUCAUCAUUCAGAAUGCCGCCCUCUUUCAAGAGGCUUUUGACAUGGUCCUCCGUCUGGGUCGUAAUUCCACUCUGACACUGUUACGGGAGGAGUUUCCCGGUUUGGGGGCCGGAGCCAGCGGAGCCGUCACACAGUUAUUCCUAGAAAUGUCCCUCUACAUCCUGGGCUCGGAUGCUAACGUAAACAACAUGGUCUCUACCUUCUUCUCCCGCCUUUUUCCUUUCACCUACCGGCGUCUGCUUGGAAACGGGGCGGUGACGGGCAUCUCGGAAGAAUGCCUCCGUGGGGCCUGGAGGGGAAUCUCUGCGUUCGGGUCGUUUCCCAAGAUGAUGAUGACCCGGCUGUCUCGCUCGCUCCUGGCCACUCGGGUCUUCCUGCAAGCGCUGAACCUGGGCAUCGAAGUGGUCAACACCACCCAGCACCUGCGUGCGGGCAGGGACUGCGGCCGCUCGCUGCUGAAGCUCUGGUACUGCCCGCACUGUCAAGGCCUGCUGGAGGCUCGGCCGUGCCGCCCGCUGUGUGUCAGCACCAUGGGGGCAUGUCUGGGGGGAGCGGCGGAGGUGCAGCCUCACUGGAGGGCGUACGUGGAGGAACUGGGGUCACUCGCCGCUGCCAUGAAGGGGGAGCAGGACAUUGAGGCCGUGGUGCUCAGAUUGCACGUCAUCAUCAGACAGGCUUUCAAACAAGCCGUGGUGGCCAAAAGCAAAGUCAGCGCACAGGUGAGCGGGAUAUGUGCACACGCACCCCCGCGGGUGUCUCGUGCCGCGCCGCUGUCGGCAGAACUUGCAGCUGCCUCGCCGGUGCCCCACAAUCGUCCUACGGUGAACUUUGACCCCGAUGAGACCCUCUUUGGACGCCGCAGGGAGUUUAUCUCGGGUCUGAGGGGCUUCAGUCAGUUCUACAGUGGCCUCGGAGAAGCUCUGUGCAGCAAAGAGCCGACGGCACUCAACAGCUCUCUCUGCUGGAACGGACAGGAGAUGACAGACAAGUUUCCUGGUCCAGGGCUGAAGAAAGUCCAUCCACACGGCUCAGAAUCCAGACAAAAGCCACCUGAACCCAUCAUCAGCCAGAUCAUCGACAAACUCAAACACAUCAAUCAGCUUUUGCGGAUGGUGACGUUGCCUGAAAAGCGACGGAGGGCUCGACCAGGAGGGGGCGCUGCGAGGAGAGACCCAGCCGGACAGGGCCAGGCAGACGAGGAUGAGGAGGGUCUAGAAAGUGGGGAUUGUGAUGAUGAAGAUGAGUGUACUGGUGUUUCUGGACUCGGGCCGCCUCCGAGACGCAAACGCCUGCGCAUCUUUGCAGACUUGGCGGAUAACUUGGCAAUUGAUGACUUAACGCUUCACGAGUUGCUCCUGACUCCCAGACUGGCCACAGACCCCCACGGCGGCGCAUCCGUACCUGGAUCGGCACGGGUGGCACAUGUUCCUAGUGCAACCUUCAUCUUUGCCAUCAUCAUCUUCAUAACGUUGGGCCUUCAGUGAUCGCUCCUGUUUGAAGAGAAACGCUACUGAUGCCCAUGUGUACAUACAGCUCCAUGAUUUUGGCCAAGGACAAGAACCUUUCCUCUUCUCAGCCUCAAGUCUUACUAUAUGAACCUCUUCUUUUCUACAUUUUGUGUGGACCUGAGGCUCAAUAUCGACUAUGAACUCAUUCUUCUACAGCAUGAAGAGCAUUACUUAU